AUGUCAACAUUAACAGAGACGGUGGUUGAUUCGGCCUCGUCUCAUGGCCAUUUCUCCCAAGACGACAUCGCUUUGACUCAACCUUCUUUUACGAUUGUCUUCACUUGCUGUGGGAUUAAUUUUGCUUUCGGUGUCUUCCAAGCAGUUUAUGAGACCCUUUCGCAACAACCCGAUACCCCCUUUACCGGAGCAUCGCCUGCAGAGGUUGACCUCAUCGGCACGAUGUCCAUCUCUCUUAUGACCAUAGGAGCUCCAUUUGUUGUUGCAUGGGCGAAGCGCUUCUCGCCCAAGUCAAUCUCUCUCAUCGGCUCAACCACCUUCUCUGCUGCGCUUAUUCUAGCAAGUUUCGGGAAAUCUCUGUGGCAUUUCGAAGUCACCCAGGGAGUACUUCUAGGGCUCGGCACUAGCCUAAGUUACAUGGUAGCCGUAACGAUUGCACCGACUUGGUUCACCACUCGUCGAGGACUUGGACUUGGGAUAAUCACCUCCGGCACUGGUAUUGGGGGUCUCGUGUGGGCGCCAGCACUGAAAGCGGCUGUUGACUCUAUGGGCUAUCGAAAUGCUUUGCGUCUCGCUGGAGGCAUCUCCUUUGGACUCAAUAUAAUAGCCAGUUCCGCCAUGGCAUGGGAGCCUGAGGCGAAAGCUCGAAUCGACAUGGAGAAUAGUGCAAGAACCAGCCGCAUAGAUGGCAUUCUGAAGGUGCCCAUUAUCGAUUGGCGCAUCGCUCGCACGCGCAAGUUUGCUGCCCAAGCACUAGGGUCCAUCUUUCAAUCUGCGGUUUAUUAUCUACCAAUCUUCUUCUUCGCCACCUAUGCAAGGACUCUAGGAUACAGCGACACAGCAGGCGCAAACUUCAUUGCAAUAUCCAAUAUGUGCAAUGCCGUCGGGAAGAUUGCCAUUGGCUACGCCGCCGAUCAUAUGGGGCGAUUAAAUGCCUUGGUGGUUACGACGAUGAUUAGUGCCAUCGUGACCGUUAGCUUCUGGGUGCCUUCGACCCUAUCCGGCGAUGCGGCUACUUCACAGGGCCUGUUCAUUGCAUUCACGGUUUUAUACGGCAUUUUUGCAAGCGCCUACGUCGCCCUGUUCCCUGCAAGUUUGGUGGAACUGUUUGGAGUCCACAACUUCGCCUCGGUCAAUGGUGUUCUGUACAUGGUGAGGGGCUUGGCUUCCCUUGUUGGCACUCCAGUUGGAGGUGUCUUGAUCCGCAGUCAUUCUUCAGGCAAUCCAUCCAGGUCGUACGAAGGUAUGGCGCUGCUCACUAGUGUCCUCCUCGUCGCCGCAUCCUUCUCGGUCAUGUGGGUAAGGGUGGAAGCGAUGAUAGGCGUGGAUGGGAAACUUGUUAAGAAGUGGAAAAUGUAA